AUGGGGAAAGGAACAAAAGGCAAGUCUGGCUCUCACCAGAUACUCAAAGACAGGGCCAAAAACCGUGUAGAGGACCUCCAUGGCAUGUUUACAGAUCUUCAAUCCGCAAGAAAAGAGAGUCGUGGUAUUGACGUGGCAGUCCUUGAAGAACAAGUCAACCAAAUGCUUAAAGAAUGGAAGAAUGAACUCAAUGAACCUUCACCUGCGUCUUCUUUACAACAGGGUGCAAGUUUUGGGCUUUCUUCCCCAGACAUAAGUAAACUGUUACAACUUUGUGAGGAGGAAGAUGAUGCAACUAGUGGGCUAGCUGCCCCAAAACCUGACCCUGAUGCCCUUGAAACUGGUGAAAAUGCUGCUUUUCACAAGAAAGAACAAGAGUCAAAGUCAACGGGUCAAAGCAAAGGGUCUCCUUCAGGGAUUGAACUUGAAAGGGAAUUGGAUUAUUUUUCAUUUGAUGAUAAUAAUAUUAUCCAGGAGCAAGAUGAUGACCUACUUCCAAUGAUGAGCUUUCUACCGAAUAUCUGCCCUCCAUCUUCGGCUUUCCUAGGACCAAAAUGUUCCCUUUGGGACUGCCCGAGGCCUGCCCAGGGGUGGUGCCCAGACUAUUGCAGCAGCUUGCAUGCUGCAGUUGCUCAGACGGAAGGCUGCCCGGGAAUGAAACCGGUCAUUCGACCGAAAGGGAUUGAGUUGAAGGAUAAUUUGCUUUUUGCUGCCCUGACUGCCAAGUCACAGGGAAAGAAUGUUGGUGUGCCCGAAUGUGAAGGGGCAGCUACUGCUAAAUCCCCGUGGAAUGCUCCUGAGCUCUUCGACAUUGCGGUUUUCGAGGGCGAAACAGUCCGCGAGUGGCUAUUUUUCGAUAAGCCACGGCGGGCUUUCGAGAGCGGAAACCGAAAACAACGAUCACUCCCCGAUUACAACGGACGCGGUUGGCACGAAUCACGAAAAACAAGUAAUCAAUGA